CAGUCUGUGCCGUGAGGACGGAGAUCGGAAGAAGGAAAACAGGGACAAGAAAACAAGCGAGACCGAAGAGGACAUCUGGAGAAAGCGGAAGGCAGGAGACGGGGAGGGGAAAGCAACCCACGCCAGGUGGAAACAGGACCUAGAGCAAACCGGUCGGGUCCACAGUUGUUGUUUCUGGGAAGGAAGAGAGUACCGGAGGAUUGCCUUUUUUCCUGUCAGUUAAUGAAAACUACUUUUAUCCUCAUCAUAAAAGAAAAGGGUAAGGGGAGGUAAAGACAAUCUGUUUUCUUAGGGGAAGAGGUGAGGGAAAUCCGGACUACCUCUUUGAAGCAUCUGAAAUAAGCCACUGCCUGGUACACAUUGCAGAAAGGUCCUGGUUUCUGAAGAGCUACAUCCGUUUUCAGGAGAAUUCCAGCCGGAGUAGCUGAAAGAGAGAUACCUUUCGGAGGUUGAAAUCCUACGGAGAAACAUGGAAAAAGGAGCCAGGCACCGAAACAACACUGAAAAGAACCACCCAGGUGGGAGCGAGUCGGAGGCCAGCCCCGAGACUGGUUCUGGAGGGGGCGGAGUGGCCCUGAAGAAAGAGAUUGGAUUGGUCAGUGCUUGUGGUAUCAUUGUAGGGAACAUCAUUGGCUCCGGAAUCUUCGUCUCACCCAAAGGUGUGCUGGAGAACGCCAGCUCUGUGGGCCUCGCUCUCAUCGUGUGGAUCAUGACAGGCCUCAUCACAGCUGUGGGAGCCCUGUGCUAUGCUGAGCUCGGGGUCACCAUCCCCAAAUCUGGAGGUGACUACUCCUACGUCAAGGACAUCUUCGGAGGACUGGCUGGGUUCCUGAGGCUAUGGAUUGCUGUGCUGGUGAUCUACCCCACCAACCAGGCUGUCAUCGCCCUCACCUUCUCCAACUAUGUGCUGCAGCCGCUCUUCCCCACCUGCUUCCCCCCAGAGUCUGGCCUUCGCCUCCUGGCUGCCAUCUGCUUAUGUAAGUGCCAUCUGGGCCUUGUUCUCAGGAUGGCGUCUUCUAGCCUUCCUUGUGGUCUACACAUCUCUGGUUCUCCUUCUUCUCCCUCUUUCUUUCCUCCCCUCCUUUUUUUUCUUCCUUGUUACUUUUCAGUUCCAAUUUGCAUGCUGUGGACAAAUGGAUUCCACAUAUAAUUAUCUGGUGUUUAAAAAAAAAAGAAGAAACUUAAGUAUUGAUAGCUGUUCACAGGUACAGUAAUUUUCACUGGCAGGGUUCUUUACAUCAAAUAAAGUACUUUCACUUGUAUCAUCUGACCCGAGCCUCACAACAAAUCCAUAAGGUAAGCUGGGCCAGUAUUACAAUUUUCCUAGAGCAGAAAAGGAAACAGAGCCAGGAAAGUGAAUUAGCCAAGGUGAUUCCUUCUCUUUUCAGUGCACACACAACGCUGGAGACUCCCUGCCUCUCAUGGGAAGACUUUUCUGGCCUCUCAACCUGCCAGCUCACAUCUUAAAACUCUCUGGGAGGAGAGUGUAAAGGUGUGAGUUGGGAGAAAACAAAUAGCAUGUCCAUGGUCCCCGCCCUUGAUGAGUUUUCUGUCUAACUAGGCAGAAAAGUCUUAUAGACAGAUUCCAUGGUUAGGAUUCAACUGCAGUAAAAAUUCCGAAAAGGGGAAGAGAUCUCUGUGAGCUGGAAUAGGUUAGAGAGGCUUUAUGGAGAAGUUUGGCAACCUGUAUUUCUAGGAAGUCUCAACACUUAAUCUCUGAUAAUCAGGGAUUUCAGUGGAUUGGGGUAUGUUAUACCUUUUAGCCAAAAACUAAUUUCUAAAGUAAAUAUUUGGACUUUUUCAGAGGCUCCACUUCUAGAGUCAGCUCAGUCCCUGCCUUCCCACACCUUCCAACACACAUCCACUUAGCUGAGAGGGCAGUGACCAUCCUGGUCACACUCUGUCCCAGGUCUUGACACUUCCUUCUGUCCUGCUGGUGGGAAGGGGAGGGAGGGGUCACUCGCCCACCCAGGAGCUGGGGUGGGACCUGAGGGGUGUGUGCCCUCAUUGGCAGUGGUGUGCAGCCCCGGGAUAGACCCCAUCAUUUAGGCAAGUGGCACUGUGGAGCCAACAUGCUUGUUUGGAGCAUACUCCUCGUGCCGGCUGGGCCUGCUCGUGGAUCUGGAGGCAGAGGAAUGUGGGCUCCAGAACCGGGCUUCCCGAGCCUGCAUCUCCGCACCACUUUCUAAGUGCAGCCAGUGCUUGGCCAGGUCACAGCCCACCUCCCGUGAGAUGAGGCUGAGAUCUCGCGUGUGCUGUACGUUGCCGUGGCCCU